GCUGGAUCUCUGCCACGACCACAUCGCGUAGGCCACUUCGCUUCUGCCAUAGGACCACCAUGCGCCUGCUCUCGCUAGUGCUCGGGUGCGCGGCAACAGCAUGCGCUGCGACAAAUGACACGUGGCCGCUCGUGUGCCAAACGCGCGGCGACGACCUCUGUGAUACGGCGACGGACGUCUGCCCGCCGUGCGUCUCGAGCGCCAACAUCUCGAGCCCUGUCUGCGUCGGCUUCAACACGAGCGGCGUGUGCCCCGACGGCUUUUACGUCUGGUCGGUUCCGAACGUGACGCUCGUGCCGGUGCCAGCACCAACCUCCGACACGAUCACGCUGCCGCCAACGACCACGCCGGCAGGAACAACCGAAGCGCCAUCGACAAUGAAGCCGACGACGACAUCGGCCCCCACAACAACUGCGCCGACAACAGCUGCGCCGACGACGCAGCCCGACUCGGACGCCAACACGCGUGCCGAGAUGGAGCGACGCAAGGAUGAGCGUGCCGAUGUGACGACGAUGGGUAUCAUCGUGGUGGCGGUGGCCGGCACCGUCGCCGCCGUGGCGUCAGUCCUCUUUGUAAAGCGAUCGAAGCAUCGGCAAGAGACCACCAACGUCCAAACACCCCGGCGCGACGUGCUGAUUACGCACCGUGCGGCGCCAGCAGUGGACGGCGAAAGCCACGAGAAGCGAUACUCGGACUGGCUCGAGAUCAACGCGGUCGUGUCGCCGCAAGCCGAGGUCGACCUCGUCAAUGGCACGCCGCUGGAGCUUUGGGACGAGCUCCCGAUUCUUCAGCGCAACCGUGAGCGCGAGCUGACGCUUUUGGAGAACCACGAGUCGACCGAUUCAGUCCUUUAGCUACCAUCUCAACGUUCUCGUCCACACCACUGCUUGCAUGGGCUGUAUCACUAGCAAUAGGUCUAGUACUAGCAUUAUUCAUCUCUUUAAGAAGCGUCGUCCACCGACGCCUUGCACGCA